UCUUGUUGUAAAUAAUUAGUUGUCAAAUUAUUAAAAUGCGUCAAUUAAUGUAAAUUACUGAAUUAAUCCCGCAAUUAUGGGUAACUCAGCGAUCAAGCAACAUAUUCAGACUGCUGAGAAGACGGGAACCUGUCAGCUUUGUAAGCUUGGCUUGAAAGAGUUUCCUGAAGAGCUUGAAGGUUUACAGAAAAAUCUCCGUACAUUAGAUUUAUCAGAAAAUAAAUUUAAUCUUCUUCCUCCGGGUAUUGGUAGUUAUACCAACCUUAAAACACUGAGUCUUAAUCACAAUAAAUUAGAAAGUUUUCCUAGUGAAUUUGGAAACUUGAAAAAACUAGAAACUUUAUCGGCUGAUAAUAACAGUAUUAGAAUUUUACCAGCCUCUUUUUCUAAUUUAAAACAUCUCAGAACAUUGAAUCUGUCUGGAAAUCAUUUUAAACAGUUUCCUAUGCAGAUUUGUAAUUUGAAUCAACUGGAUGUAGUUGAUCUAUCUAGGAAUGCUAUCACAACUAUACCAAAUGAUGUUAAUACCUUUCAGGGUAUUGAAUUAAACCUCAAUCAAAAUCAGGUGUCUACAUUACCAGAAGGAAUUGCUCAAUGUCCAAGACUAAAAGUUAUAAGAUUGGAAGAAAAUUGUUUAGAAUUACGAGCAUUUACACCCAGAAUACUCAAAGAGUCACAGAUAGCUUUGUUUGCUAUUGAAGGAAAUGUAUUUGAUAUGAAAGCAUUCCAUAAUCUUGAGGGUUAUGAUGAGUAUAUGGAAAGAUAUACAGCUACCAAGAAAAAAUUUAACUGAACAAAGGAAACAGAAUUUUGCUUAAUUUUCAUUAAUUUAAAUGGUUUUUAUAUCAUAC